GAAUAUGGUGGUGUCAGUAAACGUCGGCAAAAAAAACAUAGUUAAAUUGUUGCCAGCAGCACAGUUACAGUCACCAACGCUCUGGAUAUCAUGAAAACAGCCUAACCAGAUUUGAUAGGGCGAGUAAAAUGGUCAGAGUGAGGUGUUCUCUCAUUUGUGUCUGAGAGUAGCUAGCAAGAUAGCUAACUUUAGCCAGUUAGCUUGGCUGCUUGACCUCCGUUGUGAGGACAGAACGUUCGGGUCAAUCCUUACUCCUCAGCCACAGUUUCCAGUGUACGUUCCAAGAGAGAAACGCUCUGAAUUUACGUUUGCCCAGAGCGCACUGGCACUCCACAGUGAAUUUACGAUCAUACCCUAAGUAUCAUCCAAUCAGAAGUAGCUUUGAUAAUAUGGUCCAACCAUCUUCCUCGGGUGCAGUGACGUAGAUUUCAAGCGACGUCACACGUAUCAACAUUUAUCUGCUGCUGGAGCGGUUCAUGAAGUGAACUCUCACGUCAAUCUGUAAGAAUGGGCAGAGGCUACAUAGUGGAGGAUGUGGUGGAGAAAUAUCUGUCCAAUCUAAGUGUACCAGGUGCAUCUUGUGUCACAGGACUUCUCAUUGGCCAGAGUUCGUCUCAGAGAGACUUUGUGGUGCUGGCUGUGAGGACACCUCAGAAGGACACAGAGGGACAGGGGUCUCCGUCGGUCAGCAGGGGAGCUGGGAACUCUCUGGAACACCUGGACGUUGAGUGGGUCACCGAGCAUGCCAGACAGGUCUCCCGGAUGUUACCGGGAGGUAUGUCAGUUAUUGGUGUGUUUCUUGUCACCCCACCUGAGCUGUCGAAAGAGGGUCAAAAUACAUUGAGACGGUUGAUCUUUGCGGUGGACAAGCAUAUAUCCAAGGGACGGCUUUGGAGUCUAACAGAGGAGGACGUAACAGAGAAGGUCACACUUCACAUCUGCUCCAAAACCAGGAAAGUCGUUUGCAGAACAUAUGAUGUUCGAGAUCCCAAGAGUUCUGCCAAGCCUGCUGAUUGGAAGUACCAGUCGGGGGUGUGUACUUCCUGGCCAUUGUUGACAUGCUCAGUGGGACUGAACCUGGUGUUCCCUGUGUUAGAGAUGCAUGUCUUACCACAGGACAUGGAAAAGUGUAUGAAGGAGGGACUUCAAACGUGGGCGAAGCAGAUUGAAGAUGGGCUUUGCCUCAUCAAUGGCGACGCGAUGCCUGGCGAGGUGGAGCUACUGGGGGGGCAGAAAAAGAAUGCAAAGGCUGUUCAGCAGACGUUUCGAGCCCAGAUCCUCAUCCCGAUGGCGGAACCCCAAUCAGAGCGGAGGUUGACAGCGUCUGUGAAGGUGUGCAGUGGGUCUCUCACCCUGAAGGGAAUGGUGCAGUGCAGGGCCUACCUCCACAGCAACAAACCCAGAGCCAAGCACGCUACAGAGGUCAUCAAGAGAGAUGUCAUCAACACGGUCUCUAGCAGAGUGGAGAUGUUCCUGGAAGAUCUUUUAAUGGAGGGAGAGGACAAAGGGUCAGUCGGUGUACAGCAGGUGCUCCCUCGCAGAGUGUUUGCCCCUGUGCCCGGAAUGAGCCUGUGUGUGUGUGACUACAUGUUCCCUGACGAGUGUGUGUCCGAUGUGAGUGACCGUCUCAAAGAGAUGCUGGACUGGGAGACACCAGAGGACAGCAUAGACACCUCCCAGGAGGCCGUCCCAGAAGCUCCUACGAUUGACCUAAAGAACACGGUUGUUCAGAAGAACCUGAAGGCUAAAUCUACCCUUGACGCUCGUCCUAAGACACCCUCUGAAGAUCCUACUGAGGCCCACAAAAGCCACAAAACAUAUUACGCUGGUGUUGCCAUGGCAGCCGCAAUCGCUCUCCUAGCAACAGGCACCUCGCUGAUCUACCUGAGCGACUAACGGUGGAGGCACAGGACACACACACACACCACGAGAGCUGUUGUUAUGCUCAGUGACUUAAUCGCUUGAUUAAAUAGAUUUUCAUGAAAUUGAGUUGACAUGGUUAUUCUAAAAGUAUAUGCAAGCUGUAUGUUUGGUAUUGAUAAUUCAACAUUUUAUUUUUCAUAUGAAUUGUAAAGCAGAAUUGUGUAGAGAGAAAAAUAAAUAAAUACAGUUCGUUUUUGAUUUAUUUUGUUUCAGUUGUAAAAAGGUUUCGCAAAGAAACGUGUGUACAGCGUAUGAUUUAAUGUCUUUCAGAAAGUAUGUCUAAUGCCAUAUAUUCAAAAUUCCCCUUCCAUAUUAUGGGGAAAAUGGACCCGCUUUUUGUUGUUCAGUUCAUUCAGUCAUCAACAGAUAUUCUGAUGUGUGCCAAUCAUAAACUUUCAGCUCUGUCCUCACAUAUUGCCUCAGGCCAACCGUAAUCGAACCUCUCCUCAACCACAGUGCUGGCACAGCGAACAACGGACAUGUUUUUUUGUUGCAAUGACUUAGGCCUACGGUAUGGUCUUGUAUGGUUAUGCUUGGUAUGAUGGGCAUUAUUCAAUGCUUUGAUCCUCCCAAAGGAUCGUUCAUGCUUGGCCUUAAUAUCGCAAAUACUGUAUUUUAUGUAUUCAUCUAUGACGGAAUUGAGCAGAAUAAAGAAGUCCGUUCAAAGUAACUCA